AUGGCGAAGUACGACACCUCGCGCACCGACCACCUGGAGCAUGCAGAAGCACUCGCUCACUUUGCGCAAUCAAUCGAGCUCGAUGCUUGCUCGAGUCGCUCAUUUGGUCGUGACGUCGUGUCGCACGUGGUCAAUGACGAGCCACGAAAGGAGACGUGCAUUUGCCACGGAUGUGGCAAAGUCGGUCAUCUAAAGCGCGACUGCCAAAAGAAAGAGAAGAAGCCGACUGGAAGACCCAUUGGCAGUCGCACCGACGGUGCGAACCUCAUUCUCUCGAUCGACGAAGACCCGAGCAGUGACAGCAGCGUGUAG